AUGACUCUCGCCAACGAUCUUGUGUCGUACUCGAUCAUGAUGAACGGCGAUAAGGCCGUUUCCCAUGUGUCUCCACACUAUGCGCCUUUGAAGCCUUGGAAGCCUGCUUCCAUCGUCACACUUCCACCCAUUUCUGCGCAUGUACUGCUCACGGAAAAUAACCUCAAGCUGCUUGAGUAUGCGUAUCGCACGCCAUCCACAUUGUCGAACCCACUGGCUUCUCUGCUGGCUUCGCUGCCGCUUGCGUCGCCCCGAGCAUCAUCGCCGCAGAUUGCGCUGCAGCACCUGACAGUACAGACAGUGCAGACAGUGCAGACAGUGCAGCUAGCGCAUGUGCAUAGCGCAAGCGCUUCUAAACUACAGCCAGAAAACAACGAGCGCAAGCGCCGGCAACGUCUAGGUCCAUCAUGCGAUAACUGCCGCGCCCGCAAGGUCAAAUGCGAUGCCGAUGUGGUGUUGCUUAGUCGCUUUUUCACAGGUGCAGAGCCAGAGUACAUGCAGUUGACUGAAGAGCAACAAAAUGCAGUACUGGAGGGCCGCGUUGCGCGCGGACUUGAUGGCUACAUGAUUGUUACAUCUAAUAACAAGCUCGUAAAAUACCGGUGCUGCCUGUCAUGCGCGGGGAAAGGCCUUGAGUGCUCUUUUUCCAAGGGUUUCACCAAGGAAGACAUUGGCCACAAGCGGCCAGAGACCCCGCGUACAGCAGCGCGUGCGUCCAAGCGGCGUGCAGCGGGCACGGGGCAGUUUGCAGUGGCGCAGGCGCUGCGCAAGAGCUCAUGUGUGGCAUGCCGCAAGCGCAAAGUCAAGUGCGUUAUGACGCGCCUCAACCGUUGCGUCGGUUGCGUAAAGAAAGACACAGUGUGCUCGCUUGAGUGCUAA